AUGAAAGUGCAGGAUUUGUUUUUGACGUUGCGGUGCCGAGCUGUUGAGCAGCUGACUCCACUUCUGUUGCCCUUGCAGACUGCGCUCGGCGACGUUUGGUUCUGCUUCGGGAUGGACAGACCGGUACGCACAUCUUGCAGGACUUUGGACUUGGUCAGUCAUGGCCAUAGGUUUCGUUGCUGUCUACAGAAGCUGCAACCGCACAAAACAAGUUUUCUGUGGGGUUUUCUGCGAGCCAGCGCCGGUUAUGCCGUGUUGCAGGGGCUGCUAAUACCAUACUUUACUGUAUGUGGAGUGCUGCUGUUGGCACUGCUAACAGCGUGUGGACCGGACAACGAUUUCGCCGAUGAAUAA